UUAUAAUGUUUGAAUAGCAAUUUACUUAAUAAUUUACAAGACAUAAUAGAAUCUCAGAAAACCUAAAAAAGAUUCAUGUCUAGCAAAAAUAUACAUUUGAUACAUUAUAUGAUGAUAUUGGAGUUGGAUUUAUAAAUUAAUCAUUCAUUUUUAAGAUAAUUUAGAAGAAAUUGAAAAUAAAGAGCGCGCUGUUUUUGGCAAUUACAUUUUUUUUAUUCUUAUCAGCAUACUCUAUGGUGACAUCAUACAUCAGUCAUUUAAUGCUUAUUGGAUAUGCAAUUUUAUAAACUAAUUAUGAAAUUCAAAGGUAAAAGGAUUCCAAAAAACAAUUACUAAUAUUUUGGUUCAUAUUUUCAACUGAUAUUUUGAUUGAAAAUUAUUUUGCUAGAGAUAAGUUUACAUUAAUUAGAUAUACAAAAUUUCUUAUUGUACAUGCUUGUUUUAUGUAUAGAUUGUCAAUACUAUCUUUCAUUUUAUAAUUGGUAAAUAUAUAAUCACUUAAUUUUAGUAUAACUUAUUAACUAUCGGAAAGAGUUUUACCAGUCCUCAAAAUUCCAAAAAGUCCUAUUUUAAAUGA